AUGGAUGUGGAACGCUUGGAGCGCCUUUACGAAUCGGAGGACGACGAUGUGGGCGAGGGCACCAGCCUAGAAGUAGAUACGGCACGGUCGACAAGUGCAAAACGAGCACGGGAGGCCGCUCCGAUUGUUCAAGGUGAGGCGCGCCUCGAGGCUCUUCGACAACGCCUUGAGGACGAUCCCAAUAUGGUACGGGAUAUCGACCAGCUAAUCGCUCUCCGCCAGGCCAACGUGCGUUCAAGCAACACUACCGCUCUAGUGACGACCGCAGGACUCAAUACAAAGGCGCAGUUCAAACCGAGUCGUCAGCAAGUGCUGGCACACGGUCUGCUGGUCGAUGGUAAGUAA